CUGCUUCAUUGCCACAAUUAUCAAACUAGAAAAAAAAAAUAAGAAAAAGUCUGUUUCCAAUUCUAUAAAGAGAACCACUUCGCAUCCUCUUCUAACCACAAUUAUCAACCGGAAGAGAUGGCAGAGCCGAAGCCGAAGGUCGCCACAGUCAUCAUAACGGUUGAUCUGAAAUGCUGCUCCAGCGCCGCUAAGAUAAAGUGCACUCUGUGCCAGCUCGAGAUGUCGUUCAAGAUCACUUCUCGCGUCUUCGAUGAGAAGAAGGGCACGAUGACGGUCUCCGGCCCCUUCGAUCCCUACUGUUUCAUCUGCUACCUCCGCCGCAUGGCCGGCGAUGUGAUCAAAAACGUAGAAAUCCAAUCAGAUCAUACUCAGCCGGCGAAAACGCCGCAGCCGGCACCGCUGCAGCGGGUGUGGUGCUACUGCUACAUGUUCUCCUUCGAAAUGAACCCAGGUGGCUGCGGCUGCGGCUGCGGCUCCAGCUCCGGCUGUGGCUCCCGCUCCGGUUGCGGCUGCGGCUGCAGCUCUGGCUACUCCUCCUGCUCCGGCUCCUGCAGCGGCUCCGGCUGCGGCUCCCGUUCCGGUUGCGGCUGUGGCUGCAGCUCCGGCUACGCCUCCUGCUCCGGCUCCCGCUCCUGCAGCGGCUUCUCCAGACUCCCAUGGCCUCCAGCCCCAUAGCAUCUCAAUCGGCCACAGGCCUGUGGACUGUGGUAGCUAGCUAGUUACCCCUGCUAGCUACAAAAUCGUGCAUGUGCUAAUACGAUCAUCUUUAGGUCAUCUGCAACGCUGUUAAUACACAGUGUUAAUAUCCACAUGAUUACACUGUUUAUAUACUGUUCUUUUAACA